UCCAAAUGUACACACAAAUAUUUUAAUUCUACCGUGAGAGCAGAUGAGUGUCAAAAAUUCAAGAAAACAUCUGCUAUCGACUAUCUAUUUAGUUAAUAAUACUCCGACUUGCCUGCGGCAAAUCGACAAACAUGAACGCAGGGAAAAUGGAAAGACGCCAUAAAAUCAGAAACAGGGAAGCAAACUGGGCGCAAGAUGGGCAAGGAAAAAUUACAAAACAGGAACUACCAGUUUUGUUUUUACCUCCUGUUGUCGGCGAUGGAUCCUCGCGCGUCAAGCACGAGGACAAUUCUUCGAUUAUGGUUACAAUGAAGAAGCUGAACAGCCGGCCAGAGAAUUAUAAACGUGUUCACCAAAAGUUUUCUACGACGGCUUUACACCACCAGGAUAAGGGAUUGUUCUACAACUGUGAACAGGACAAAAAGCGAUCGAGUUGUAACAAGAAAAUAACCUUUACGGCGAAAAAUACUUCAAAAAGGCCGUUUUUAUUGCCUGCAUUACCCACAGUAGCGUUUCAAGGGCAGAUUCGGAAGAAAGCUACGGCAUCUCAAGGGAAUCCUACGAAACCCAAAGGUUACAAACUGCUUCCCAAAUAUCUGCCGCAGAUCGACACAAGGACGAAGCAAUUAAAAAGCAACGAGACAACUUCUAACGGCCUCAUGAACGCUUCUAACGCGAAAACGACUGAUAAAAGUUUUCCCCCCUUAGCGAGGAAGGCAAUGAAACCUUUGCGAACUGCCAUAUCUUCUUCGGCAACUUUGCGAGGCCUGAUUUCUCUGGAUUUAGAGGAACAAUUUGUUUUCCGAUUUCGUCUUUCAAAUUAUGACGCUAAAGACAUUAAUAUAACUUCUCUCAAUAAGCCCAUGUAAAGGAUGUUGCGCCAGCUGCAGUAAUAGCUCUAUUCCAGUAUAUGAUA